AGAACUGUAGGAUGCUUCCAAUGACUGGACUGCGCCUUCAGUCUCCGCUCAGAACCAUCAGUGUUCUGCUCGUCCAUUUUCUCCUAGCACACUUUUGUAGAGGUCAGUCUCAGUUAAUUGGUUCGCCUCAGCCAAUAGUGGCAACAAUUGGUGAUGACAUCAUUUUGCCGUGUCAUCUGGAACCUGCUGUGGAUAUUACUGCCAAGACAUUGGAGUGGACGAGACCCGACCUGGAUCCCAGAUUUGUCUAUUUGUGGCGUGCUGGUCAGGACCAUGUAAAGGCUAAAAAUCCAGCCUAUAAAGGAAGGACAUUGUUCGCUGGUGAACUGAAGCAUGGAAACAUUUCACUGAAGCUCUCCAAAGUAAAACCUUCUGAUGAGGGGAGAUACAGAUGCUACAUUCCAGAUCUGACUAUAGACUCUUUCAUUGUGCUUGUUGUUGAUGCUGUGUCCCCACCUGUCAUCGAUUUAUCAGGGAUUGAAAGAAACAAAGGAGGACUGGAUCUACAGUGUGAGUCUAAAGGCUGGUAUCCAGAGCCUGAGGUGGUCUGGCUGGACGGUGAGGGAAACCUCCUCUCUGCUGGACCUACAGAGACAGUCAGAGGUCCUGAUGACCUCUAUACUGUCAGCAGCAGAGUGACUGUGGAGAAGAGACACAGCAACAACUUCACCUGUAGAGUCCAACAGAAGGACAUCAACCAGACCAGAGAGACACACAUCUUUAUUUCUGAUGAUUUCUUCGAGGUCCAGUCCAGUUCUUUUACUCUCACAGUUGGUCUGGCUGUUAGUUUGGCUGUUUGCAUCCUGCUUAUUCUGUUACUUGUCUUCUUUGUGUGGAAAUGGAGACAAAACAUAAUCAUAAACAAGAGAAGCCACAGGGGUAACAGUGAUAAAGGAGAGGAGAAGAAUUGCUCCAAAAGAAACAAAACUGAAGAUCAGAGAGAGACACUCAUGGCAGAUGGAACAGUGCAAAUGGAGGUUUUGAACAAGGGAAAAGGGAAAAAGAAGAACAAACAUCAGAAAACUGAGCAGCAGCUGAAGGAGGAGCAGCAGAGGAGGGAGGAAGCUGAGAAUAGAGUGAAGAGGGUCCUCACUCUAUUCUCAGAGGAGUUGGAGACGAGGAAGAAUGAGGUCAAACUCAAACAAUCUGAGCUGCAGCAGCUCCGUGAAGAGAAGCAGAAGAUCCAGAACAACCUGCAGACCCCGAAGGAAGAUCUGGAGAACAAACACGAAGAGCUGGAGACAAUCCAAGCCACACUAUCCCGGUGGCCUUUGAGGCGCAGGAAAAUAGAAGAGCAGAAGAAUAAAGCUGAGCAGGAAGUUGAGAGACUGAAGAAGCUGGAGACUCAUCAGAAGGAAUUAGACACCAAAAUCAAAGAGGUUGAAGACAAACAAGCUGAAGUCCAGCAGCUCCAGGAUGAGAUUCAGAGGAUGGUGGAGACCAACCUGCGGACCCUGAUGGAGAAUCUGGAGUCCAACAACAAGGAGUUUCAGUGGCCGUUGAUUUCCAGGCAGAGGUUCCAGGAUGAGCAGCAGAGGAGGGAAGAAGCUGAGAACAAAGUUCAGAUCCUGGAGGAGAAGUUGGAGGGAAAACAGGUUGAAAUCAGUCAGCUCCUGAAGGAGAAACAGAACAGGCAGAAGGACGUGAAGACCCUGAACAGUCAGUUGGAGACCCUGAACAAUCAGCUGAAGUGCAAGAACAAAGAUUGUAAACACAGUCAAACUUGUCUCUCUGUCCUUCCAGGUUGA